AUGUCGGCUAUUGCCCCGAAGAGGGCAUAUCUUUCUCUUUCCGAGUUCAAGCGCGUUGUGCGCGGGCUCGGGUUUGCACGAGCAAUCGAUCUGAAAAAAUGGCUAAGUUCCCCAGGGCGCCCGGCCCUUAUUCCGAAGUAUCCCCACUAUGUGUACAGGAAUGACGGGUGGACUUCUUACCUGGAAUCGAUGGGACGCGAGCCGCGCAGUCGCCGUAUUAGGCUCAGCCCCGAAGCACUGAGCAGUGCAC